AUGAAAGAAGCUGUGGAGCAGAUGAUUGCUACGAUCUGCUGGCUGCUUGACAAGGAAAAGAUCGAAGAAAUCACACUAAUAAAUAUUGUCGUAUCGGAUGGUGAAAGCAUUGUUGCCACAAGAUUUGUCACAAAUGCUCAAGAAGUAGCCUACGAGUCAGGAAAGUCAUCCACUGUACCGGACAUGACUGGGGAAACUAGCCCGGCGAUGCCAGCGAGCCUCUAUUUUGCUACUGGAACGGCGUGGCAACAACAAGAAGAAACUUGCGGCGAGUUUCGCAUGACCCACAGAGACAAAAGGACCGACAUAUGUAUAGUGACAAGCGAGCCUUUGACUUCUAACCCGGAAGAUUGGAUGCCAGUUCCACGCAACACAAUGAUUCUGAUAACGCCUGCAAUAGAUCUGUUACUUUAUCCGAUUGCGAGUGUUGGGUACCUGCCUUCACCGCUUCGGCGGCGCCGCAGUUCUGUUUUUCUAGGAUCAACCCAGGAGACGAGCUUGCCCCCUUUCGACAAGCAGAUCACUCUGCGCAAGGGUCUAGCGGAGUCUUUGGCAAAUAGGAUUGAAGGGGAUUUCGAAUCGUUGCUAGAAAUAGCUUCUUCUGGUGGUUCUAUGGGGACUCCUGGAGUGUCUGACGAGUUAGCGGUGAUGAUGCUACGAUCUAUGGAAAAUAUUGUGCGUGAAGUAGCGGCAGGAAUUGAGCCAUGCGAUAAGGAAGAAAGGGACAAGGCCUGGCAAGCUUUGAAAAUUAAGCUGGAAAGGUUGGAGAAGCAAAUUCAAGCAGCCCAAGUGCAGAGGCAGGCUGUCGCUGCAGUAGAAGACGGCCAAUCUCAUAGCACGUGUGGCUCAUCCACAAUGUCGUCGGGCAUUCCGUCGACGAAUCUAUACCAUGCAGACCUUAAUUCAGAGACACUUGGAGCUAGCCAGCAGUGCUACGAACUGAUUGCAGGCUCUUGUGCCAUCUUAUGUCUCGAAACAAUCAUGAUAUAUGUAACAAAUAGUAAUGAAGAGACUGAGAGGGAUCUAUCUUCUGCGGCGUCGGCAUCACCAUGUCUCCCUGUAGUGGCAAAGACGUUCGUUUUUGCGGGUAUGCAGAGUGGCGAAGUUGUUGUUUACGACGCUACGAGCGCGUCUGUCGCACCUAUCUCUUUUCAAGCUCAUGAAGGUGGUGUACUGGCUAUGGCUGUCCAUGCAAAUACUCUGAGGAACGGUUCUCUGAGCGCGAGCCAGAACAUUGCAUGCAAAGAUUGUGGCUCUGUCGUUCCAGAAAUAUUCUUGGUGACCGGGGGCAGCGAUACCUCUUUGGCUGUCUGGGAUCUUUCUCCCCUUGUUUUCGGAGGUCGUGAGCCCCGCUUACUUAGCGGCAUACAGGUUCUUCUCGACGGACCUAGAAUAUCAAUCGCCGCUGACGAUUUGCUUGCCGUGCGUCUCACAUUCCUUCCUCAUCAAGGAGACGUUCUUUCCUUGUUAGUGAGUGACUGCUCGGGCCAUGGUGCCCAUACGACAGGAAGCCGGCAUGAUCCGUCCAGACGCAUCUGCACUGUGAGUGCAUGUGAUGCUUGCAUGCAAGGCAUACGUGCAGCGAUGCGGCUAGAUUCGAGUGGAGGAGUCUCUAACGAAUAUACGCCGUCUUCCCCAGUUGCUGCCUUGCAUUGUACAGCAGAUCUGCAUAAAGUUCAACCAAGUCCAUUCAUUGAGGACAGAGGAUGCAACAUACUCCUUUUCAUUGGGUUUCAGUCUGCCAAGAUAGGUGCAGUGUUUCUCAGUGACUUACUGCGCUACUUUCGCCACACGCAAGUUAUGGUGUCUGUCCUGGCGAACGCUGUGUCCUUCCAGCCAGCUCAGCAGCAGUCUCUUUCCCUCCGUGUGUCUCGAGAUUUUGAGCUGAAAACUCUCGCAUCUGGCCAAGUGAAGGUUCAGUUUUCAGGUGAACAAGAAAGGGAGUCCCUAGGCUCUCUCUUCACCGGAGGUCAAAAGUGCGCUGGCAGCAGGCAACAAGCUGGCCGAUCACCAAUUCAACAAGGCGGAAGUGCAUCGUGUUCACCUUGUCUUUCUUCGGGUCUGGCAAAGUAUGAGGCAUUUGGACGUCUCCUUUCUGGCUUUGCCCGGAGUCUUCGCUGUGUAACGCUGCAUGCAUCGCAUGCAGCGACGACUUUCUGGUCCACGAAAUGCUGCCGCUCCAGGAGACCUGGCUGCCUCUAUCCUCCUACCGGCACAGUAUACUGUUUCGAAGCUCCCCAUGAACUUGAGGUUCCCCUACCUGAAGGAGCUGCCGCCUCCGCUUCUCCAGGCACGUACAGGGUCGUGACUAGCACUUCAAGUCUCAAGAUUGUGGCACAGCCGUCCAGAAAGGAUGGGGGACUAAAGAUAGAGAUGCGCUUUUUGCCCUUUGAACAAUCCGGCGUUCAGCGUCAGCACUCUCAUCAGUCCUUAGUGGGUCCCUGGCUGGAUGAAAGUGGACACAAUGGUUUCGUGGAAUGUCUCACUAGCUGUGGCAAAGGAGUCAUCUGCAGCGGUGGAGGCGAUGGUCGGCUGCUCUUGUGGGGAGAGAAUGGAAGCUUAGUCGGUGAACUCUCUGGACACCAUGGCGGGGUCCUAUGUGUGGCGUACACUGAAGCUCCCGUAGAGUCGCUCUGUCGUGAGCUGCGCAACUCUGGAGAGCGUCUCCACAUAACAAGUCCUCAAGCUGAGUGCACUAGAGAUUCUGACGAGGUUGGUCACUCACUUCAGGGUCUUUUGUUUAGUGGCAGCCGAGAUAGCAGUAUCCGCGUCUGGGCUCUGGAGCAGUUCGUUUGCAUACAGACUUUAAAUGCCCACACUUCCGAGGUGUUGGCCCUCGCUGCUGACGCAUCGCGCAAUAUCCUAAUCAGCGGGUCUGCAAACGGUGAGCUAUUUGUCUGGCAGCUCGACUUGAUGGUUGUGGCCUUCCAACUCAGUCUGAACCCGUCCCCAUCAUUUGCAGAAAGCGGGCACUUUUCGUGCACUGCAGCGCACCACGCCUUUGGGCCAUGCUCUCAUGAAGGCCAAGAAAGAGGCGUGUCUUUCACGGGUCUUUUGCUAGUGUCAGAUGCCUCUUUUUUCUCUGAGCACAUUAGUGGGAGCUCCGAAAGGUCUUUAGGGGCCGCAUUUGCUAGUUGCGGCAAAGGGCCAGGCGGCCUACAAUUAUGGGCAGGCCGUGGCGACGGAAAGUUAGGCGUCUGGAAUAUCAACGAGAGAGAUUUAGGCGAUGAGGGAUCUGUAGGAGAGGACCACGUAAAACCAACGAGCUGUGAAGGGUCCUCAGCAUGUGAUUUCGCUGUGACCGAGACUAACGGCCCUACUGAGGGUAGCGCGGACAAGAAAGACACAGCGGGCGAAGCCCUCCAGAACGCCUUAAGUCCUGCAAAUGCAGAAAACGGGGCUGCUGAUGGGUCGCGAGAGGGAACGAGAGCCAUUCCGAUGAACGCGCAGCGUCUAUUAUGUGCCAACCGGCUUAGUGGCAUGGUCAUUACUCCUGGAGCGUCGAUGCCAUCCUUGCCAUCCUUGACGAUGAAGACAGGGCUAGAGCCCCGCCGAAGAGACUUUUUACCUUUGCUUGCUCAAUUUGUCGCAUACAAAUCCGUUUCCGCCUCACGAUGUCCCCGACACGUUACUGGUUGUAUAGGCGCCGCCAAAUUUGUAGCACAGCUUCUUGAGCAAGCGCUUGGAGCAACGGUGGAUAUUGUGUGGCCUCAGCGGUCAGCGGUCUUGUCAGAGUUUCACGGCGACCAGUGGGAGGGACAGCCGCAUCCUGUAGUAUUUGGCCGUCUUGGAACAAAUCCGCACCACCCCACAAUCGUAUUCUAUUCUCACUAUGACGUUGUAUCAGCAGGCGGUACCUCUCCUUCUUCUGUUCCGGCUUCUUCGGAUGUGUCGGAAGGCUCAGCCUCGCCUGUGACUGUUUCUGCUUCUCCAAGGACACGCACGCGGACAGCUGUUCCGCCGUCCAACCAACAAGGAGCCCGGAGUAGCUCUAAUUCGGUUACUCAGAUGACAAAGCAUCAGGGAGCUCGAAGCAACUCUCCGGGGUGGCACGGCACAGGAUGGCACACGAAUCCGUGGAAGAUCCAUUGCAAAGAUGGGUAUAUAUACGGAAGAGGAGUUACAGACAAUAAGGGUCCCAUUAUCUGCUCCUUGCUGGCCGUGAAGCACUUUAUAUCUGAAUGGAGGAGGAAAUACAAGGCAAGUCAGGCAUUAUACGAACGGUGUUCUCAGCACCUGGAUUCCGGCGAAGCUUCAGCUACGCAGAAUCCUGCGCCAGUUAAGAGCGACCCUGCAAUUCCCUUCAACUUCGUGUGGAUAUGCGAGGGAGAUGAGGAGAAUGGUAGCGUUGGCUUGGCUGAUGCUGUGGCGCAAAAGGCAAGCUGGCUUCACGGAGCGCGAUUCCUCAUCUGCAACAACAGCUAUUGGGCUGAUGACGUAACUCCAUGCCUUGUGUAA